GAGAGCAAAGGCAGAUGUUUUUCCUGGCCGCUCACCCUCUAAUUCCCACUGGAAGGGGGUUAAAAUCUCUCAAAAAAAGAAAAAAAGAGGGGGAAAAAUUUGGAUUUUUAGGAGGAUCGAGGCACUGGGGUGAUGCUCAGCAUCAAAUUCUGUAGGAGAAGGGGUUCAUUUUCCCCAAGACGAGGGUUUAUUUUCAUGGAGCCACUUCAUCUUGGCUUAUUUUGGCCUCGUCCAGGAUGAAACGAAGCAAAAAAAAUGGAAAAAUGAGGAGCAAAGUCGGGGUGGGGGGUUCCCUGAAAGCAGCACUUGCUUCCUCAGGCCGUUCUGGGUGUUUUGGCGUAGCCAAGGCCAGAGCCGCGUUCCCCCAGGGUGCAAAAAUGAGCCUGGAUUAAUUAAAAAAAAAAUAUUUAAUGAAUAAUUUAGGCGUGGUGGCACGAAACUGGUGGAUGUUUGCCUGAAUUCUGGUGGGUUUGGGGUCUCUGGGGAAUGCUUUGGCGAGGAAAAAGAGCUUAAAAUUUCCCAAAAAAACUUCAGGAAUCUCCGGAAUUGGGGUGUUUCACCUCCGAGGGGAAAAAAAAAAUGGGGAGGACAUUGCGCCCUUCCCUGGAUUUGGGUUUUUUUUGGGCGCUGGAGGAUUUAAUUUGAUGUAAUUAUCUGUUGCUCGGAGUCUCCCCCGGAGCAAAGCCGAGGGCAGGGAAAAUCCCCAGCUCUGCUUACUCAGCGCCUCACCGCCGGCUUGCGCCUCGCCGCCGAGAAACACUGGGUCCAUGGCGUGGGAGUGAGCGCUGAAGGAUGCUGAAGAAGAGCAGCCUGGUGUUGUGGGGGGCGGCGCUCUUCAUCGCCUGGAACGGCCUCCUCCUCCUCUUCCUCUGGAGCCGCCCGCCCUCCUCAUCCUUCUCCGGCGAAGGCGACCGACUGACGGCGGAAGUGAUUCGCUUGGCGCAAGAUGCCGAAACCGAACUGGAACGGCAAAAAGAACUCCUGCGCCAAAUUCACCGCUACAGCGGGUUGUGGGGGCGACACCGCGGGGUUGGAAUCACCCCCAAACCCCCCCCGCCGCCCUCCCCGGCACCACCGCAACUCACCAAUCCCGCCGGCACCGUUUUACCGGUGUUGGUGAUGGCUUGCGACCGCAGCACCGUCCGGCGGUGUUUGGAUAAACUCUUACGUUACCGACCUUCGGCUCAACGUUUCCCCGUCAUCGUUAGCCAGGAUUGCGGUCACGCCGAAACGGCUCGUGUCAUCGCUUCUUACGGUGACGCCGUGGCUCACAUCCGACAGCCGGAUCUCAGCGAUAUCCCGGUGCCGGCAGAACACCGUAAAUUCCAAGGUUAUUAUAAAAUCGCUCGGCAUUAUCGUUGGGCGUUAGGACAAGUUUUUCGGACCUUCCGUUACCGCGCUGCCAUCGUGGUAGAGGACGAUUUAGAAGUUGCUCCGGAUUUUUUCGAGUAUUUCCAAGCGGCGUUCCCACUCCUCCUCGCCGAUCGCAGCCUCUGGUGCGUCUCCGCUUGGAACGAUAACGGGAAAGAGCAAAUGGUGGACGUCGGACAAGCGGAAUUACUUUACCGGACUGAUUUUUUUCCCGGUCUCGGUUGGUUGCUUUUAGCCGAACUUUGGGAUGAACUCGAACCCAAAUGGCCGCGAGCUUUUUGGGACGAUUGGAUGCGCCAACCCGAACAACGCCGAGAUCGUUCCUGCGUCCGCCCCGAAGUCUCCCGUACGAUGACGUUCGGUCGUAAAGGAGUGAGCCACGGGCAAUUUUUUGAUCAAUAUUUAAAAUUUAUCAAACUUAACGACCGUUUCGUGCCUUUUACCCAACUGGAUCUUUCUUACCUCAAAAAGGAAGAGUACGAACGUUCUUUUCUCCACAAGGUUUACGCCGCGCCGGAGGUGAGGGUGGAGGAGCUCCAAGGGAACCGACGACGGGAGCUCGGUGCCGUCCGCCUGCAGUACAGCGGCCGCGAUUCCUUCAAAGCCUUCGCCAAAGCCCUGGGGCUGAUGGACGACCUCAAAUCCGGCGUCCCCCGCGCCGGUUAUCGCGGUAUCGUCAGCUUCGUUUAUCGGGGACGUCGCGUUUAUCUCGCCCCUCCUUCGGACUGGACGGGUUAUGAUCCCAGCUGGAGUUAGCGGGCGCCGUCGUUCCGCUCGUUGUAUUUUUUUUUUGGGUGGGUUUGUUUUCCUCCUUUUACAUUUUUUUUUUUUUUUGGGUGGGUUGGGGUUUUUUUUUUUUUUUGGUGUGUCUUUAGCGAGGAGGAUUUGACACGCGCCAAAGCGCUGCUCGCCCGGUGCUGCAAUGGGGGAAAUUCUGUGCGAUGGCGGCUCCAAGCGGAGAAAUUAUUUUCCAGAAUAAAAGGCAAAAAAACCCCCAAAAACCCCAACACCAACCAAACCUAAAAAAAACCCCCAAAAUUCAGAUUUCUUUUGCUACCGCUCACCACAGCUACCGGCUCCAUCCGGCCCUAUAUUGCUCUAUAGGGCCUUGUCCCUAUAUUCAGCUCCGUGCUCUGGGCACUACGGGCCAUAAACUGACCUAUAGGGGUCUAUACAGAUCUAUAUGUGUCUAUACAGACCUAUAUGUGUCUAUACGGACCUCUGUGGAUCUAUACAGACCUACAUGCCCUGGUUCCUCUAUGGUCUCGGCCCUGUAUUCCAGGCCCUACGUUGGGCUGUGGGGUUUAGGACCUGGAUAAGGGUCUGUGCUCCAGUCCCUAUACGUUGCUGUACGCUCUGGGCCCUAUAUGUUCUCUCUCUCUCUAUAUGCUAUGCUAUAUGGGGCUAUACGGUCUGGGCUAUGUGGUCUUGUCCCUGUAUUGGGCUAUAGGGUCUGGGUGUUAUAUCCAGGCGCUAUAUCAUGGUCCGUACGCUCCCCUCGCUGGAGUUGUGCCCUAUAUCACAGCCCGCUUGCUGGUCUAUAUGUUCUGCCCCGUAUGUUCCAGGCUUGGAGCACCGGGAGGGUCGUAAUUUCUGCUGCUAAAAAGCCUAUUUUGUGUUAAAAAAAGCGCCCCUUUUUAGCUUAAAUAAACCCUCAGAUGCGGCUUUUUUGGGGAGUUGUGGGCAGUGAGGGGUUUGGGGGAGGGGAACAUCCUGCUCAGGUUUGUUUUGGGGAGAAAAAAGCCUCUUUUCAGAGCGGGGGAAGUUAUGAAAUGGAAGAAACGAAAUGAUGAGAUGAAAUUAUCCCAAUAAAUUGGGAUAAGAAGAGGGGGAUAAGGCCGGGAGGGGGAGACUGGGCAGACUGGCGACACUGGGAGGGAUUUUUGCCCCCACCUCCCAAGCAGGAUUUGGGGUAAAUCCAGAUGGUUUUAGGGAUAUUUUUGGAGCUGUUUCCUCCCCACCUCCACCACUGGUGCUAAGAACACAAAGUUGUCUUAUUUUUCACUUAAAAAGGGAACAGUUUGCCCCUCAAAAAAGGGGGUUUAUCACCAUUUUUACCUCGAGGCAGCAGCGCAGAGCUGCUUAUAUUAACAAUUCCUCCUCAAUUUGUUUUUUUUUUUUUUUUUUUCCCCCCCUGCGGGCACCGUUUUGAGGCUGAAAAUCCCCAUUUCCCAGCACACUGGCUGCUCCCUCAGAGAAAAUGCCCCAAAAGAAACAAACCUCCCCAAAAUCAGAGAAUUAAAUGCCCUGACACCCCCCUCCCCAGUUUGCACUGGAGCUGGAUUUUGGGGCAAAAUAUGCCCAAAUUGGUGUCUUGUUGGUAUAACAAGCCGGUGAUUUAAAAAAGAACCUUUCGAGCCCCGUUUUUCUAAACACCCGUCGAUUAUUUACCCGAAUAGUUGCAAACCCGUCCCCAAAAUCCGCCUUUUCGCACUUAGAGCGGGCCCCACUGAGGAGCGGGGGGGGGGGAAGUUUAACGCCCCCGCCCCCCCCGCAGGGGAACCGCAGUCCUCACUCAGGUCCGUCCCUCCCCGGCCGCUGCCCUUCGCCCGGCUGUGCAGUCCUCACUCAGGUCCGCACUGAGGAGGGUUAUGGAGCGCAGCGCGGGGAGGAAACAGCCAAUGGGACGCUGCGGUGGAGUGGGAAAGCAGCCAAUCAGAACGCGCCGGGUACUUCUAGAAGGCGGGGCGCGGGGGUUGGCGGGAGCAGUGCGGGCGGGAUGGCGCGGGCGAAGCAAGCGGCGGCUGGUAAAAAACCUCCCCAAAAUGCUCCUUCUCCAGCCUCAAACCCCCCCAAAACGCGCCCGCCUCCUCCCCGGGCUCCAACCCUGUGGCAAAAGCUCCGUCUCUCGAGGAAAAAACACCUUAAGCUGCUCCCAGUGGCCUCUUUUUGUGGGCUGGUGCGAGGUUUCUCCGUCACCUGGGAGGGUUUUGGGGUGCAGGCGGCUGCCGUGGCGGCUCUGCGGGAGGGCUGCGAGGCACAUCUGCUGGCUCUGCUUGAGGAAUGGGGGCUGUGCGCCCUCCACGCCAAGCGAUCCGCUGUCCGAACGGCUGAUGUGAGUCUUGUGAGGUGCCUUCGAGUAAAAAGACGCUGAGUUCCCGCCCCAGCAACUGAGAGCUGGCUCUGGGCCUGCUGAGCUACGCGGAAAGGCGGAUUACUUUUUUUUUUGUUUAUGCUUUUAUUUUUUUGCAUGGACUUUCAAGUUAAACUGUAAAAAGCUUUUCAGAUGAAAAGCAGAAGAAAUGGAGCAUUGGAAGCUCGUUGGAGCAGGACUCUGAAGAAACGCUUUGAUUUACACUCUCAACACGAAGCAUCGCCAGACCUUGUGCUGUAACAAGCUCUUGUGUUCUGAGGGCGAAGUAAACCUUGCCAUAAACCAAGCGGGGAAAUGGCUAAUUACGAACGUAGCCAGGUUGUAAUUUGGGUUUAGUGGUGAUCUGCGAUGUCGUGGGUUUGUCAGGGGCCUUAUUUAAAGUCGCUGCUGCCCAGUCAGGGCCCUGAAGAUAAAAGCAGCCGCCCUCCCCGACGCCUUUCCUGGCGGUUUCUCCUCUUCCUCGGGCUGACGUUGAGAGUCUCUGCUGACACGGGGAGGCAAGUCUGGCGGCGGAGGUGGAGCAAUUUGGCUGUAAGAGGCAGAGACCUGCCCGGUCCUGCCUGUGCUGCCUGAUAACAGCACUUUAUUACGUGGUUUAACCCUAAUAACGGCCUCCUGCUGUCUCAAGAUGCUGGUUUUGUUUAUUUUUUUUUUUUUUCCAUUUCUAUUCGCUUGUAGGUGGUGAAAUGGGGGAUAAAAUCCCAUCUGUGGCCUCUGUCCCUGCUCACGUCCCAGCAGCGAUUGCGAAGCCUCAGGGAGGCCCCAGCCAGAGCGAUCCCGGGAGGUGCAACGAGUGGUUUUAUCCCAUUUCCCCUAAUUUCUCUGCAAAUCUUAAGCAGAGACUUCUCCCCUUGCAAAACCUUCCUAUGAGGCAUCUACCAGCAAAACCCCUUUUCUUCCUCAAAUUGAGCUCCCUUAUAUUUUUUUUAGGGGGGUUCUCCCUGUUUUUCUGGGUCUUUUUUCCAUUGACGAACAGUUGGGGAAACAAAAAUCACUGUUCUUCUAUGGAGGGUAUUUUUCUCAUACACAGUGUGAUGGGGAGGAAAAACCCAACAAAAAGUAUUAAAUUGGCCAAAAAAAAAAAA